UGUUUUCUUCUGUAAUUACUGGAGUUAUCUGACUGUGCCUCCUGUUCUAGUCUGACUCAGUCAGUCUGCUCUCCAGCUCUGUGGAGAUGGUGGGGGUAAAGGUCUCCAUCUAGUGGACUGAUAGCACAACUACAGCUCAUCUGUGGGUUCUCUGCCUUACACAUGUUGGAACCAUGGUUACAGCUGCUCAACCAUCUCUAACUGUCCAUGACUUUCUCCAUGUCAUUGCACUCAGAUCAGUCCAGCACUGUGUGGGUGUGUGUGUGUGUGUGUGUGUGUGUGUGUGUUUUGUGUUGUGUUGAAGCCCAGAGCAGCAGCAGAGACCAGACUCUCCUGAACCUGAACCAGCUGUGUGUCCAUCAAGAGCCACCAGUCCAUGGAUCCACCUUAAGUGUUUAAAGGACAGCUUCCUGCAGAGACUCACAGGAAACCACGAUGACGGCAGUGGACCUUUUCAACACUCUGGAGGAUUUAAGAGAAGAUGAAUUUAAGCAAUUCAAAUGGUUUCUGCAGCAGCAGGACAUCCUGGAAGGCUACCAAAGCAUCAAAGUGUCCAAGUUGGAGAAUGCAGAAAGACAGGACACAGUGGAUGUGAUGGUUAAAACCUUUCAACUUCAUGGAGCUCUAAAGGUGACCAAGAAGGUUUUAGAGAAGAUCAACAGGAAUGAUCUGGUCCAGAGUCUGCCAGACACCAGCUCAGGACCAGAAGAGUCAGUGAAUGUCAAUGAUGCUGGAAAGGCUUCAGAGAACAGAGGAACUCCCUCCUCUCAGAGCAAAGACGGGAUUGUUCCAGUACCAAAGCCACCACGACACAUCUCAUAUUAUCAACAAAAGCUUCGGCCAAACCUCCAAAAUGAGUUUUUGUGUGCACAAGAGGGUUGGGCACAGAACAAAGAUGGGCGACCUCUGGAUGAUAUCUACACAGAUCUGUACAUCAAAGCUACUGGUGAUGUACACAUCAACACACAGCAUGAGGUCAGGCAGAUUGAGACAGUGAAGCCAACAGAUACAGAGACAACAAUUACACCUUGUGACAUGUUCAAACACCCUUCUGUAAAAAAGAGACCCAUAAGAACAGUACUGACCAAUGGAAUCGCAGGAAUUGGAAAAACAUUUCUUGUGCACAAGUUUGUGUUGGACUGGGCGGAAGGAAGAGCCAAUCAAGAUGUGCAUCUCGUUUUCCCCUUCACCUUCCGCCAGCUGAAUUUAAAGAAGGGGGAAAAGUGGUGUUUGGCAGAGCUCAUUCAUGAAUGUAUCUGGGAGACCAGAGACAUCAAGGAAGAAGCUCUUAAUCACAUUUUUACAGCUCUGCAGUCAUCAGGAAACACCAACUAUGACAGGAGCGAAUUCAAACUUCUGUUUGUUUUGGAUGGACUGGAUGAGAGCCGCCUUGAUCUGGACUGCUCCACCAAUUAAAACCAGACAGUUAAAAUUGAUGUGACAGCGCCGACCUCAGUGGACGAGCUGCUGACAAACCUCAUCAAGAAGAAACUUCUUCCCUCUGCUCGCAUCUGGAUAACCACACGACCUGCAGCAGCCAAUCAGAUCCAUUCUGAUUUUGUAGACAUCAUGACGGAGGUCAGAGGGUUCACUGACCCACAGAAGGAGGAGUACUUUAGAAAGAGAUUCACAGAU